AUGUCAGAGCAUGGAGCAUCCGGACACUCUGGUGGCAGCAGCGAUGCAGAUGAUCGCGCUGAUGAAAGUAAAGACGCGCAGAGCACGCAGGAUGUACCGACCAUCAUCGUCGAACUCGCGCAGUUUAUCGAUUCUACCUCCUUUUCAGGUCCUGGCGAGAAGGGGACCUUCGAAGGUGAGCCGGACGAGAAUGAAGGAACUCAGGCUGACCUGGCAGCUUAUUGCGAAGAGAGGUAUCUACACGGCGCGACCAAGUCGGUGAAAGACCGUGCGUUCGAGGCGCUCCACUUGCCUGAAGGAUGGAUCGAAGAAAUCCAGGAGACCUGGACCGCAUUGAUUGAGGAGUCUGGCUCAAGGCAAGCUGCCGGCGAAGCUGUCUGGGAUGCGAUCAUGGAAGUUGAGCCAAAUAUUCAGAAACAUUUCCAGAUUCCACCGCCGGUCUUCGCUACACGCUUCAUGAACUUCACAUGCAGCCUCGUUGCGGCUUGUAGCGAUCCUGAGACGCUGAAAUACAAAGUCGAAAUGCUGGCGUUUCAGCACUUGGAAGUCACUUCUCGCGACCGCAUAGAUGUCAUAAUCCACAGCAUCAGCGUCGCAAUGGACGGCCAGCUGGGCGCGCGUUUCUCCUCGCUCUCUUUCCAAUGCUUCCAAGUUUUCUGGAACUACAUCGGAGGGGCACUCUUGUAUGUGCAGCGCCAGUACGGUGCAAAGGUCCGAUGCAUCACCAAAAGCUGGGAACUUGCAAGCACGCAUGUGGUGAUGGAGGACCAGGCACCUGCAGAGACGCCGCAUCCAGAGGAUCAGGAGCCAGAGGCAUCAGAGGUCAGCUCGAAUUGGAAAGAUGACGCUCCUGUGCCACAGCGUAGGAAGAAGAAGAUCCAGACUCCUCAGAGCUUUUAUGAAAUGUUUAUGUUCAACGCAUCAGUCAUGGGCUAUGCUGAGACAGAUUGGAUGCGCUGCAUUCUGGACCAUAUGGGUGCAAUGGCCAGAAAUGCUGAGAAGCCGAACCUCGGAUUGGUUAGGAUGAGGUCCAUUCUGAUUGCAAAGCUAGUAGUGUCAUGA